AUGAAUGAGACUCAUGUUAAAGCCAUGCUUGGCUUGACAGUGAAGAAGCUACUUGAUCUGAAAAAGAUCAUGCAAGAGCUUUAUAACAAGAAAAUCCAGAGCCUUCUCCAUCAACAACAAGAUUCUGCAGGCCUGAAAGAGUCCAGUACCAGAAAACAAGACAACAGUAAUAUAAUAUUCAGCAAGAUUCAUUUCUCAAGUCUAUUUGGCCAAGUCUCUGAUGCUGGUGGUCAAAGAACUCUACUGAGCCAUUAUCUUUAUCAGAAACAUGAUCUCUGGCUAUAUAUCAUCAAGAGUCUGAAUAAGCAGGUCACCAUCAUCAACAAGCAACUGUAG